UUUUUUCUAUGGAUCGCAUUCUACCAAAUCACACAACACUUUUUUCUAUGUUUAGAAUUUAGACAGAAACCGACACCGACAGAAACAGAAUACACUUUUUGGAUAUUUGGAUUUGGAUGUAAAGUAAAAUGUAAAAUUAAUAUUGGAAUGUAAUUUGGAAUACAUAAAUAUAAAGCAUCAAAUGAAGUGUAAUAAAAUGGAAGUAAAACAAGAAAUUAGCGAGAAAACCUGUAAAAUAGAAAUAGAGUAUAAUAAUGAUCUUUUGGAUGGCUUUAAAUGUGAAAUUCAAGAGGAGUCUAAUAGAGAAGUUACUCUGGACAGAUAUGAUUCCUUAGACUUGAAGAAAUGUCCCAUAAAUACUGAACUAAAACAACAUGGAAAUUCAUUUGAACAAAACCAAGAAACUGAAAAAGGUUAUCUCCCAGAUGAAACAAAAAUGGAAAUUAUGAAGAAAACAAUCGAAGAUUCAUCGUACGAAGGAAAUGAUAUGAGUCUACACACUGAAGAAAAAACGUUAAAUAAAAAUAUGGAAGUUGUGACUGGAACCAGACCUUAUAAAUGUGAAAUUUGUACAAAACAGUGUAACACUGAAAGUGAUUUGACAAGACAUUUGAGAGUGCACACUGAGGAAAAAGCUUACAAGUGUGAGAUUUGUUCUAAGCAAUUUAGUGAAGCAGGUACUUUGAAAAAACAUUUGAGAGUGCACACUGGGGAAAAACCUUACAAGUGUGAGAUUUGUUUUAAGCAAUUUUUUCAAGCAUAUAAUUUGAAAGUACAUUCGAGAUUGCACACUGGAGAAAAACCUCACAAGUGUGAAAUUUGUUUAAAACAGUGUACUACUGCAAGUGAUUUGACAAAACAUUUGAGAGUGCACACUGGGGAAAAACCUUACAAGUGUAAGAUUUGUUUUAAGCAAUUCAGUGAAGCAGGUACUUUGAAAAAACAUUUGAGAGUGCACACUGGGGAAAAACCUUACAAGUGUGAUAUUUGUUUUAAGCAAUUUGUUCAAGCAUAUAAUUUGAAAGUACAUUUGAGAUUGCACACUGGGGAAAAACCUUACAAGUGUGAGAUUUGUUUUAAGCAAUUUAGUCAAGCAGAUAAUUUGAAAGUACAUUUGAGAUUGCACACUGGCGAAAAACCCCACAUGUGUGAAAUUUGUUUAAAACAGUUUAGUACUACAGGUAAUUUGAAAAUACAUUUGAGAGUGCACACUGGGGAAAAACCUUACAAGUGUGAGAUUUGUUUUAAGCAAUUUAGUGAAGCAGGGCCUUUGAAAAAACAUUUGAGAGUGCAUACCGGGGAAAAACCUUACAAGUGUGAGAUUUGUUUUAAGCAAUUUGUUCAAGCAUAUAAUUUGAAAGUACAUUUGAGAGUGCACAUUGGAGAAAAACCCCACAAGUGUGAAAUUUGUUUAAAACAGUUUAGUACUGCAGGUCAUUUGAAAAGACAUUUGAGAGUGCACACUGGGGAAAAAGCUUACAAGUGUGAGAUUUGUCUUAAGCAAUUUGUUCAAGCGUAUAAUUUGAAAGUACAUUUGAGAUUGCACAUUGGAGAAAAACCCCACAAGUGUGAAAUUUGUUUAAAACAGUUUAGUACUGCAGGUCAUUUGAAAAGACAUUUGAGAGUGCACACUGGGGAAAAAGCUUACAAGUGUGAUAUUUGUUUUAAGCAAUUUGUUCAAGCAUAUAAUUUAAAAGUACAUUUGAGAUUGCACACUGGGGAAAAACCUUACAAGUGUGAGAUUUGUUUUAAGCAAUUUAGUCAAGCAGAUAAUUUAAAAGUACAUUUGAGAUUGCACACUGGCGAAAAACCCCACAUGUGUGAAAUUUGUUUAGAACAGUUUAGUACUGCACGUUAUUUGAAAAUACAUUUGAGAGUGCACACUGGGGAAAAACCUUACAAGUGUUAGAUUUGUUUUAAGCAAUUUAGUGAAGCAGGGCCUUUGAAAAAACAUUUGAGAGUGCAUACUGGGGAAAACUUUACAAGUGUGAGAUUUGUUUUAAGCAAUUUGUUCAAGCAUAUAAUUUGAAAGUACAUUUGAGAGUGCACAUUGGAGAAAAACCCCACAAGUGUGAAAUUUGUUUAAAACAGUUUAGUACUGCAGGUCAUUUGAAAAGACAUUUGAGAGUGCACACUGGGGAAAAAGCUUACAAGUGUGAGAUUUGUCUUAAGCAGUUUGUUCAAGCGUAUAAUUUGAAAAUACAUUUGAGAUUGCACAUUGGAGAAAAACCCCACAAGUGUGAAAUUUGUUUAAAACAGUUUAGUACUGCAGGUCAUUUGAAAAGACAUUUGAGAGUGCACACUGGGGAAAAAGCUUACAAGUGUGAUAUUUGUUUUAAGCAAUUUGUUCAAGCAUAUAAUUUAAAAGUACAUUUGAGAUUGCACACUGGGGAAAAACCUUACAAGUGUGAGAUUUGUUUUAAGCAAUUUAGUCAAGCAGAUAAUUUAAAAGUACAUUUGAGAUUGCACACUGGCGAAAAACCCCACAUGUGUGAAAUUUGUUUAGAACAGUUUAGUACUGCACGUUAUUUGAAAAUACAUUUGAGAGUGCACACUGGGGAAAAACCUUACAAGUGUUAGAUUUGUUUUAAGCAAUUUAGUGAAGCAGGGCUUUUGAAAAAACAUUUGAGAGUGCAUACUGGGGAAAACUUUACAAGUGUGAGAUUUGUUUUAAGCAAUUUGUUCAAGCGUAUAAUUUGAAAGUACAUUUGAGAGUGCACACUGAGGAAAAACCUUACAAGUGUGAAACUUGUUUAACACAGUGUAUUACUGUAAGCAAUUUGACAAAACAUUUGAGGGUGCAUACUGGGGAAAAACCUUACAAGUGUGAGAUUUGUUUUAAGCAAUUUGUUCAAGCAUGUAAUUUGAAAGUACAUUUAAGAGUGCACACUGGGUAAAAACCUUACAAGUGCGAAACUUGUUUAAUACGGUGUAUUACUGCAAGUGACUUGACAAAACAUUUGAGAGUGCGCACUGGGGAAAAACCUUAUAAGUGUGAGAUUUGUUUUAAGCAAUUUGUUCAAGCAAAUAAUUUGAAAGUACAUUUGAGAUUGCACACUGGAGAAAAACCUUACAAGUGUGAGAUUUGUUUUAAUCAGUUUAGGUCUCCAAGUAAUUUAAAAACACAUUUUAGAGUGCACACUGGAGAAAAACCUUACAAGUGCGAAACUUGUUUAAUACGGUGUAUUACUGCAAGUGACUUGACAAAACAUUUGAGAGUGCACACUGGGGAAAAACCUUAUAAGUGUGAGAUUUGUUUUAAGCAAUUUGUUCAAGCAAAUAAUUUGAAAGUACAUUUGAGAUUGCACACUGGAGAAAAACCUUACAAGUGUGAGAUUUGUUUUAAUCAGUUUAGGUCUCCAAGUAAUUUAAAAACACAUUUUAGAGUGCACACUGGAGAAAAACCUUACAAGUGUAAGAUUUGUUUAAAACAGUGUAUUACUGCAAGUAAUUUGAAAAGACAUUUGAGAGUGCACACUGGGGAAAACUCUUAAAAUUUGUGACAUUUGGUUUAAGAAAUUUGGUACUCGUAGAUCACUCAUCAGCGGCAAAAAACUGAAAAACUGGAAUUUUAAGAAUCGACGCCGAUUUUCAUGAAAAUUUGGUUUAAGCUCGGUUAACCCUCUUCUUAAAAAUCUACCCCAUGCCGAAACGCGCUUUUGCCCUUGGGGUGAAAACAACCCCAUCUAGGGGAUGAAAUUUUUUUCAAUGAAAAUAACUAUGGACAUCGAUAAAGUGACCAAUUCUAAGUAAAUUUUGAUCUAUAAUUUUUUUUGCAAAGUUGAUACUUUCCAAGUUACUAGAGAUUGAAACUAUGCAUUUUUCAUGGAAAAAACUCACGUUUUAUAACCGUUUUUCAUGAAUAACAUUAAAAAAUUUAGUUUUAUAGAAAAAAAUAUUAAGAACAAAAUUGUGGCCAAUAAAAAACAAAGAGAUUUACGUUGGAAAGACCUACGUAAACCCAAUAGAGACUGAGUUAUUGCUCUUUAAAGGAUGGUUAUUAUCGAAGAACCUCGAAAUGGAGAAUUUCCAAUCUCUAAUAACCCUAAUGUGGUAAAAUCUUAAAACAUCUUUUAAAUUUCAUUAAAAUACCUUUCAAAUAAAUUUUAACAAACGUUUUUGCAUAACAACUGGCUGACUUAUGACGAAAAUAAGGUCGUUCUCCGCUUUUUUCUUUUUGAAAUGUAACAAUUAAACCCUCGUCAAUACAAUAUUAUUAGAGAUUGAAAUAACUUCCCACUUGAAAUUAACUUUAUUUAGAUAUAAUUGAUACGAUCCAUGUAAUUUGACUGUUUUGGAAUGCUUAGUUAAAAAAAUUGUUGAUUAAAUCGAAAAUGACAUUUUUAUAAUUAAAGAAAAAGUGCAUUUUUCUUAACUAAACGUAAAAGUAGUCAUGAUACAAAAACAAAAAAAAAAUCAAAAUGUUCAGUAAAAGAAAUCCUACAUUUAAUAUUUGAAACAACAUUCUUUCAUAUAAUGAACACUUAGUGAUGAUUAUUUAUUCAAGAAAAAUACACUUUUUUUAAAAUCUAUAAAAAUGUCAUUUUUGAUUUAAUCAACUAUUUUUUCUAAACUGGUCUAAGCAUUCCAAACCGGCCAAAUCACAUAGAUCUUAUCAAUUAUAUCUAAAUAAAGUUAAUUUCAAGUGGGAAGCUAUUUAUUUCUAUUAGGAUUGUAAUGAUGAGGGUUUAAUUUUUACAUUUUAAAAAGAAAAAAGUAGAGAUCGACUUCAUUUUCGUCAUAAGUUAGUCAGUUUUUAUGCAAAAACUUUUGUCAGAGCUGUUUUGAAAGGAUUUUUAAUGAACUUUAAAAGAUGUCUCUUAAGUUUUUCCUAAAAAUUGCACCACAUUCGAGUUAUUUGAGAUUGAAGGUUCUCCAUUUCGAAGUUCUUGGAAAAUAACCAUCCUUUAAAGAGCAAUAAUAAUUCAGUCAAUUGGUCAAUCUAUCGACUUCCAUAGUUAUUUUUAUUGAAACAUUUUCAUCCCCUAGAUGUGGUUGUUUUCAGCCCCAGGGCAAAAGCUCGGUUAGGCGUAGGGUAGAUUUUGAUUUAAAGUUAUAAUUACUACCUAAAUCCAUAUUUUCAAGGAAAUCGACAAUGGAUCUCAAAAUUCCACGAGAAAAUGACGGUUAAUUGGAUUAUCCAGGUAAAUUGAAAAGAAAUUUGAGGGUGCACACUGGGGAAAAAUCGUAUCAGUGUGAGAUUUGUUUUAAGUGAUUUGCUCAAAAAGUUCAAUUAACUUCUCACAUGACAGUUCACAAUGGAGAAAAAAACAGUUUAAUACUGCAGGUGACUUAAAAGUAGAUACAUUUUAGAAUGCACACUGACAAAAACCUUACAUGAGUGAGAUUUGUUUUAAGCAAUUUAGUCUAGCAAGUACUUUGAAAAUACAUUGUGAUGCCACUUUAAGGCCAAGAAGACACCAAGAUGCAUCUCAAUGAGAGUGCACACUGGGGAAAAGCCAUAAAAUUUGUGAGAUUUGUUUUAAGCAAUCUAGUACUCCUAGGUAAAUUGAAAAGACAUUUGAGAGUGCACACUGGGGAAAAAACUUAUCAGUGUGAGAUUUUUUUAUUGAUUUGCUCAAAAAGUUCAAUUAAUUUCUCACAUGACAGUUCACAAUGGAGAAAAACCUCACACGUGUGAAAUUUGUUUAAAACAGUUUAGUAGGGGAGAGUUAAACAAAACCUGGUACCAGUCCAAAAACUGUCUGUAUCUUGUGCUUCGUUAGAGUAGCAAAUUUUUGCUGCAGAUUGUUAAAAGUUUGUUAAUAUUUAAAUAUUUUUAAAUUUUGAAUUUUUUUUUAUUUUUAUGAAAAUAUAGCAAAACACCCGGUUUUGUCCAACCGGUAUGAUAAAACCGGGCAAUUACCAUGUAAACAGACUAAUGGGCAAAAAAUUAAAUAUUUAUUGAAAGUAUGUGAACAAAAGUCGAAAAUCUAUGAAUAAAAGUCACAAAUAAAAACUUAAUCUAUAUCAUCAUAGGCACUUCAUUCUUCAUGAGCCCAUUUGGUGCAAGAAACACAUUUUAUACAGCCUUCCUUCGCCCUUGAAUUUGAAAAUAGUUCAUUGUAAUAUAGACACGCAUCUUCAUUAUUAUCUUCUUCCUCCAAACUCUCAGAAUCUGUAAUAGGUAAGUCUGUCCAGUUCAUUUAGUUUUAAUUUUCUUACGGCUGGAGUUUUUUUUUAAUUUUUCCUACUAGCUUCUUCAAUAGAAGAAGCCACAUGUUGUAGUUAACUAAAAGCAAAGAAACCACUGCUGAAGCUGGAAGUAACAACAGGUCCGAUGAAAUCGGGUAUCCGGUUUUGUCGAUUUUCGGACAACCCGGUUUUAUCAAACUCAUAAACAAGACAUUAAAUAUUAUUUAAAUUUUUAAGUUACGAAAUAAUGUUCAAAAGUUUUGGCCAAAUUAUACGUAAUAUACUAGGUUACAUGUAUGUAUUAAAUUUUGAAAUGGCCGUUAGUUAUUCAGUAGAGGAGAAAGCAACUGUAAACUUAUCUUAAAAAUCGACUUUGUUGCAUCAAAAAACAGAUGAGGUCUUACUGCACCGGCACAGAUUACUCAAAUGAAGUAAAAAUGAAUACAUGCGACUGUUGGCGGUACAGGGGCACUAAUUUUAACAUUGUCUGAUAGCAGCAGACAGUUAGAAGAAUUACGGGGUACCCGGUUUUGUCCAAAUCUCCCAUACUGCAGGUGAUUUGAAAGUACAUUUAAGAUUGCACACUGAGAAAAACCUUCCAAGUGUGAAAAUUGUUUAACACAGUAUACUCGUAGUAUUGCUAGUGAUUUGGAAGGACAUUUGAUAACACACAGUGGAGAAAAACCUCACAAGCGUGAAAUUUGUGUUAAACAAUAUAUUACAGAAAGUGAUUUAAUAGUAUAAUAUUCAACGAGCAUGUAAUAGCCAUUACAUGCGAGUAGAAUACUACACUUUUUCUACGACCUUCUUUUAUUUUCAUUAGUAAAAAAUAUAAUUAUCAACUACUUGAAAUUUAAAUUAUAAUAAUUUACAAAAAUAGUACGCGGCUGAAUAAUUGGUUGCCUACUAUAACCAAAUUCUUAUGUAUUGUAAAAAUACAAGAAAUAGUCAACUCGUUUCCGAAAAAUUAUAAGCAUAAAUUUGUACCUACUGUCAAUUAAUCUAAUAAAUAGGAAAUGGCUAUUAUCGGUGGACGUAUUUCAUAAAAUUAUAAUGUACAUUUACAUUUAACUAUAUAUAUGCCAAUGGCCAUUAGUUGUCGAGGCAUUAGCUAAAUAAAAAUAAAAAAAAAACUAUAUAUAUAAUAAUAUACCUAUAUAUGAUAUAACAUAUUUUUAACACAAUAUAACUUAAAAAAUAAACACAAUUUUAGUUAUAAAUUCCAAUAAUUAUUAACACAAACAAAAUGCGCUAACGUCACUGUCACUAAAAUAAAUAAACGUCAAAAUUUUUAGUAAACAAAAUAUAUCUAAACGUAAAAAAUAUACUGACAUUGUUAAAGUUGAAAUAUGUACCUUUAAAAUUACAAUAAUAUUGUAUUAAAUAAACAAGUCUAAGUAAUUUUAUUUGCAGUUUAUAUACGAUUAAUAUUAAAAGUGACAUGCGCCACUUGAAUCUAACUUCAGCCCGUGAGUAACUUCAGGCCGUGAGUAAUGAACUAUUACUCACGGGUAAAGUAAUGGGUGUUAUUAUCUAUUAAAAAUUAGCGAAUAAUGAGCAUAUUAUUAAACGGUCGUAGAAAAAAAUACAUUUGAGGGUGCACACUGGAGAAAAACCUUAUAAGUGUAAGAUUUGUUUUAAGCAAUUUAGUCUAGCAAGUACUUUGAAAAACAUUUGGGAGUGCACACUGGGGAAAACUCUUAAACUUUGUGAGAUUUGUUUUAAGCAAUUUAGUACUCCAUGUAAAGACCUUAUCACACUGGGAAAACCUUAUCAGUGUGAGACGUGUUUUAAUUGAUUUGCUUAAAAAGUUCAAUUAACUUCUCACAUGACAGUUCACAAUGGAGAAAAACCCCACAAGUGUAAAAUUUGUUUAAAACAGUUUAAUACUGCAGGUGAUUUGAAAGUACAUUUAAGAGUGCACAAAGUGCCGGAUUUAGGGUAUUUGCGGCCCUAGGCCAAAUUACCCCGAGCGGCCCCCGAUAACUUCACGAUUAUGUAAUUAAAGCAUAAAGACUUAAUAAUAAUAAUAGUAAUAAUUAAAACGU